UCAGCCACUUUAAAAUAAGGUGAUGGUAAUCUUAAUACCAAUCUACUUAACACAACUGGACUUCAUAUCGAAAUAAAUAGAUUCCGUUUAAACGCUCUUAGAUUCAAUUAAGUUCAUCAUUUCAUUCUCAAGAGAAUUUUCUGCUAAAACAAACCAUACUUUUUCCGCUUAAAAUUAACUGACUUCUCAAUAAUUCUAUGUGUUAACUUAUUGAUUCAAUAAAAUUUUCUUGAAAAGGUGCAUCAUUUUAAAUUAAAUUGAACAUCUCCUUAAACAAAAGUCACCACUUAUACAUACAUGCAGUGAUAAAAACGUUCCAUGCUACCGUGCAAGAGGAUCUUUGCAACAACAAAAAAAAACAGUUCCAAUCAACCCAUCUACCUAUGAAUUUAAGAAGAGAAUCAUUUUAAACUAAAGCGAACAUCUUAAAACAGAAUUUUUGGUUGCUUUUGGUUUUGUCUUUGCAACAGUGUGCAUGUUCAUGUGUAUGUAGGUACGGUAGACAAACUAACGGAUUUUUCAUUAAAUGAAGUGGUGACUCUCUAUUUUAAGCAGAUGUCCACAUUAAUUUAAGUUGUGACUCCGUUUUUUAUAAGACAAUUUCAUUGUUUUUGUUAGUUUUGUUGCAUCUUAUACUCGUUCAGUAGACGCAUUGUGUUUUUAUUCUUUUUCCAGUGAAGUGUUGAAGUUUUAUUAAAUAACGUAAGUGACUAAAAAUGUCGGAAAACAAUGAAGAAAAUAUGAUAUAUCAAUUUGUUUAUACAACUGGCGAUAGUGCAAUCGAAGGCCUUCUUUCUUAAUGGGGUCUAUGUGAAAAUUCGAUUGCACUGCUUCAUGCGCAAGGAGUCGAUCAAAAUAUACUCUGCAAAAUGGAGCGUCAUGAUAUUGAAGUACUUUUUUCAAAGGUUAAUUUAGAUUUUCGGGAAUAUAUUUUGUUUAAAGACGGAUUGUUAAAUUGGCGCAUUUCACAGGGCAAACCGUUGUCAGGACCAAGUUUAGUUGAUCGAGACACACUCUCAAUGUCCAAAUCUGUUACAAGUUGGCUGGAUAAUUUAAACCAGUCUUCAUCACCCUUAACUUCUUCUUCUGAAACACUGAAUCUCAUAGAUGUACUGAAUAUCGAAAGUGUGUUACAAAAAACGAUAAAGGGGCAGAUCAUAAUUGAGUUUUACAAGAAAAAUAACAUCUUGGAUAAUAAAUGUCAAAAGGACUUGGUCCAAUGCAUAGUAGACGAGUGCCUAAACAAGAGAGUUGUCUUAAAUUACAAAUUAAUGCAACAAAUUUCAGAAAGUAUUGUUAGACUUUUUCCAACGGAGAAAAAGGAGACAUAUUAUAUGCCAAGGAAGCAAGGCUCAAAAAAUCGAACUGGAAAACUUCAUUCCAAGUGGGCGAAUAGUAAAAUUCGCAUUAAGUUUGUGAAGAGAACUAAGCCCAGCAGUACUGCGUCCACAUCCCACAAAGAAGGCAAUACUUCCGACUCUGAUAAAGACAAUCGUGAUGAAGACGAUGAGUUAGACCAAUGUAUUGUCUGGUUAGCGAAUCAUGUUGCUCCAUGGGAAACUGUCCUUGACAACUGGAAGAAGACAAGCAACCUUCGCAUUAAAUCUCUGAAGAAUAAUGACAAAUCAUUAGGCGAAUUGCUUAAGGAUUGGCCGCGUUACAACGAUGAAUUAGGAUAUUCGUUGAUUGAUAUAGAUUUUGACCAAAUAUAUCCCAACAAGUCAAAUUGUUUGUUAUCACAAUAUCACAUUUUUGUUGAAAAAAUUGAAAAGUUAUACGCUUUGGAACUUAAUGACAAACACAGCAAACAGCUUCUUGAAAAAAUAAAAAACGAAAAUGUUAACAAAGAUUCAAAAGACUGCGUAAUCGCACUUUUACUACACGCUGUGCUUAAACCACAUAGAAUUAAAUCAGGAGUAAAGCCUACAAUUGAAGACGCUCAAAGUGAUUUCAUUUUACAUGUUCUCAAUAUUAAUGAUGUCGUUCCAAAAUUGAACACUUUAAGGGAUGAACAUUUAAAAAACAAGUCAACAGUUCAACCAAGGAUAAUCGCGGUAGGUCUUGAUUUGACUCAACUCACCGAUUUUUUUGUUUAUUGUGAUGGUAUUAAGUACAAACCAGCUACAUUUAUCAAAUGUAUUGAUAUAGUUAUUAAGUUAACGUACGUAUUCGAUUUAAAGUUUUCGGCCACAAGCAAGUUAGUCUGGCUUUUUUUGAGCAAUAUUUUUUUGAUUUGUCUUCCGAACAAUUUUCUGAAAUUGCAAAUCUCAUUAACCGCAUUAAAAAUCAAAAAUAAAAAUGUGUGA